AUGUCGGCGGAGGUAGAUCUGGGCUCAUCAGCCGUCCAGGCGCUGCGAGAGUCAUUCGGCGACCGCAAGCCCAUCGACAUCAGCCGGAAGAUCACAGCAUGCGUUGCGUGCCGAAAGCAGAAAAUCAAAUGCCACAUGGGAGAUGGUGUCCCGCCGUGCACGAGGUGCAGGAAGAGAGGGCUAUCGUGCGUGGUCAACCGGAGUCUACAGAUGCUCCUAGAGAGCGACGUGGCGUGGAAGGCAAACAUCGAGGAGAAACUACGACAGCUCGAAGAUUCCGUCAAUCUCCUCAACCAGAGAUCUGGUUCUGGAUCAAACGCCCCUCCAGAUGCCCUGCCGCAGCCAAGCGCACCACAGCUUCCUAGCCAACCCGAUGCCACCAUGACGACCGCGACGACGACCGAGCAGCCCCAGCAAAGGGAGCAAGGCUGGGAAGUCGUGAUGGACAUGGACAGGGGCCCCGCCGUCAUCCCUGCCUCCUGCGUGUCGGAAGUAUCAGAUGCCUCGCCAACAGCGACGCGCCAAACCCUGGUCGACGACUUCGACCUGAUCGACCGUGGCAUCAUCAGUCUGGACGACGCCGAAUCCUUCUUCCGCCUGUACGCCCGACGGCUCGACCACUUCCUGUACACGAUCCUGGCGGAGCAUGACUCGCUGGCAAGCGUGAGGAAGAGCUCGCCGCUCCUUACUGCCGCGAUCUGUGCCGUGGGAGCCCUCCACACGCCGUCCAACCUGUACUACGCGUGCUAUCAGCACUUUGUCAGCCUCGCGUCCUCGAGGAUGUUCUCGAAGCGGAACAAUCACGAUGAUGUGCGCGCGUUCUGCAUCGGUGCGUUUUGGCUGAGCGAUAUUUCGUGGACGCUGGUCGGCGCAGGCAAGUAA